AUGACCUCCCGUCUACGGAGGUGCGCCUCUAGCUUCCGCCGUAACUUCGGGUUCAUAGCCCUCGUCAGCGGCCAGUUCAUGUGCGCCAUCCGACUGACGUUCGAUGCUGUCGGAGCGCCCAUCCCCACUAUUGGCGUUUCCAUGAUGCCCACCAUGAACUACUUUGGCGACGUCGUCUGGUACACUCCCCUGUCUUAUUGGCGUCCCUUACACCAAUGGGGCGGGUGGAGCACCAAGUUGGAACGCCGGCCAAAGCGCGGCGAGCUGGUCGUGGUCGACAACCCGACCGACCCGAGCUACUAUGUGUGCAAGCGGGUCAUUGGGGUUGAGGGCGACUUGGUGGAGAUGGAUCCGCGGCGGGACGGCAUCGUCUGGGACCCGUCUCGGCACUCGCUGGACCGGAAGCGCAGUGCAGGACGUGACGAUGGAGAGAUGGCGUCGGUCGCGGGACAAGACCGGUGGGGCCAUAGCAAGUAUGUGCGUAUCCCAAAGGGCUACAUCUGGAUCGCAGGCGACAACCUGUCCAGCUCGACGGAUUCGAGACACUAUGGGCCUGUACCGCUCGCAAGCGUCCGCGGAAAGGUCAUUGCGCGUAUCUGGAAGGACGGGCGGCCAGACUGGACGCGGUUUGACUCCAACGUCCGCGUCAUUGGCGAGUGCGACAUUCCAUCGAUCAGCUCGAGGCUCUAG